CGGCAGCGUAGCUUGUGAUUGUGUUGUUGUGUGGAGACUUCAGAAACCAGACGAGGUCUUGUUAUUCUAUUUGUGCCUGCCAUGGGACUCACUAGCCUGGAUAAGAUCAUUGCACUGCAGAGAAACCCUGCCAACAUCAGAAACCUGUGCAUUCUUGCACAUGUUGAUCAUGGCAAAACUACUCUUGCUGACUGCUUAGUGGCCAGUAAUGGUAUCAUAUCAAGUCGACUGGCUGGGAAGCUGAGGUAUCUGGACAGCAGAGAGGAUGAACAGAUCAGAGGAAUCACCAUGAAGUCCAGUGCCAUCUCUCUGCAUUAUAGACAUGGAGAUCAGGAGUACUUACUAAAUCUGAUCGAUUCUCCUGGUCACGUCGACUUCUCCUCUGAAGUUUCCACUGCUGUCAGGCUGUGUGACGGUGCCAUUGUUGUUGUUGAUGCUGUGGAGGGAGUGUGUCCCCAGACCCAAGCUGUGUUGCGUCAGGCGUGGCUGGAGAACAUCAGGCCUGUUUUGGUCAUCAAUAAGAUAGACCGACUCAUCGUGGAGCUGAAGCUCACCUCUCAGGAAGCUUACACCCACCUGCAGAAGAUCCUGGAACAGGUGAACGCUGUAACAGGGACUUUGUUCACAUCCAAAGUGCUGGAGGAGCGAGCAGAGAAAGAAAAGGAAGAGGAGGAAGACAGCGAGACGUCGAGUGGAAAUCAGGUGUACGACUGGAGUGCUGGGCUGGAGGAGGCUGACGACUCCCACCUCUACUUUUCUCCUGACCAAGGAAACGUUGUCUUCGCCAGCGCCAUAGAUGGAUGGGGUUUCAGCAUCCAGCAGUUUGCCCACAUCUAUAGCCAGAGAAUGGGUAUUAAGGCAGAGGUGCUACUCAAAACUCUGUGGGGAGAUUUCUACCUCAAUGCAAAGGCAAAGAAGAUCAUGAGAGGAGCUCAGGCCAAAGGAAAGAAGCAACUGUUUGUGCAGCUUGUGCUGGACAACAUUUGGAGUUUAUAUGACGCUGUUGUCACGAGGAGAGACAAGGAGAAGGUGGAGAAGGUGGUGACAUCACUUGGAGUAAAGGUGAUGGCCAGAGACUCUCGUCACUCCGACCCCAAAGUCCUCCUUUCUGCCAUCUGCAGCCAGUGGUUACCUGUGUCCCAGGCUGUCCUUUCAAUGGUGUGUGAGAAGCUUCCCAGUCCAUUAGACAUGACGGCAGAGAGGGUGGAGAAACUGAUGAGUGUCGGAGCGCGACGGUUUGAUUCGUUACCCGAACAAACUCAGGAACUCAAAAGAGCAUUCCUCCAGUGCUCGAUUGGGGGAAUCGCUCCGGCCAUCGUCUUUGUGUCCAAGAUGUUUGCCAUUGACACCAAGGCCUUGCCUCAGAACAGACAGAGGCCGUUGACUCAGGAGGAGAUUGCCCAGCGCAGGGAGCUGGCCAGGCAGAGACACGCUGACAGGAUGACAGCUGAUCAGACAGCAGCCGAGAGCUGUAUGUCACAGGAAGGCCAACUGACAGGACACAGCACAGGUAAGAUGGAGAGUCUGACAUUGAAAGACUCAAAACCAGAGGAGGAAGAGGAGCAGAAGGAGACCUUUAUAGCAUUUGCGCGGGUCUACAGUGGAGUGGUCAAGAAAGGACAGAGAGUGUUUGUACUUGGACCGAAGUAUGACCCCGCCCAGGGCCUGAGCAUGCUGCCAGAGGGUUGCAGUGCUUCAGACUGUGUGCCUGAAGUGCCUCAUCUGUCCUGUUGUUCCAUGGAAAGCCUCUACCUGCUGAUGGGCAGAGAGCUAGAGGAGCUGGAGGAGGUGCCUGCAGGAAACGUCCUGGGUAUCGGAGGUCUGGAGGAGUGCGUCUUGAAGUCGGCCACCUUGUCAACCUCCCCCGCCUGCUCACCCUUCAUCCCGCUCAACUUUGAGGCCACCCCCAUCGUACGAGUUGCCGUAGAACCCAAACAUCCAAGUGAGAUGCCAAAGCUGGUGCGUGGGAUGCGCCUGUUGAACCAGGCAGAUCCCUGUGCUGAGGUUCUGAUCCAGGAAACAGGAGAACAUGUUCUGGUUACUGCUGGUGAAGUUCAUCUCCAGCGCUGCCUGGACGACCUCAGAGACCGGUUUGCUAAGAUUGAGAUCAGUGCAUCCAAACCCAUUAUUCCAUUUAGAGAGACAGUGGUACGUCCUCCAAAAGUCGACAUGGUGAAUGAAGACUUGGGCAAACAGCAGAAAGUAGCCAUCAUUCACCAGGUGAAAGAAGAUGCCUCUCAGGGCCGCUUGUCUGACACUCUCCAUGUGGACCCUAGUGGUCUCGUGACCCUCACCACUCCCAACAGACUGGCCACUGUAAGCGUCCGGGCGAUCCCGCUACCACAGGAGGUGACCCUUCUGAUGGAGAGUAGCAUGGAGCUGAUUCGGACUGUAGAGCAACUAAACAUGUCUCUGAGGGAGGGGAAGAGCCUGGAUGUCAGCCUCAGGACCCUGGAGGCCAUUGCUGGAUUCAAGGCCCAGCUGGAGAGCCUGCUGCAGGGGAGGAAGUGGAGGAAUGCUGUGGAGCGUAUCUGGUCCUUUGGGCCUCGCAGGUAUGGUCCCAACAUUCUGCUAAACAAUGUGGAGGGCUACCAGCGGCCCUCAGUGUGGCAGUGUCUGGCCAGAGGAGACAAAGCUGGCGAGGCUAGAGCUCAGGCCGCUGUUAUACGAGACUUUGAUAACAGCAUCGUUAGCGGCUUCCAGCUAGCAACUCUGUCAGGGCCCAUGUGUGAGGAGCCCCUGAUGGGAGUGUGCUUUUCCAUGGAGAGGUGGGACAUCCAGUCAUCAGCCUUGCCACAACAUCAAGGCUCUUUGGAGGGGGACUCCAUAUCCCAUGAGGCUUUAUCAGACAGCACAGUGGAAAGAAGCACUGAGCCUAGCCAGGCCACGCACAGGCCAGAGGCCGCUUCAGCAGACUGCUACGGGCCAGUCUCUGGCCAGCUGAUAGCUGCCAUGAAGGAGGCCUGCCGCCACGCCUUCCAGGCUCAGCCCCAGAGACUCAUGGCUGCCAUGUAUACCUGCGAGAUCAUGGCCACCGCUGAGGUGCUGGGCCGAGUUUAUGGUGUCCUGGGGAAACGAGAGGGUCGCGUCCUUCAUGAAGAGAUGAAGGAAGGGACAGACAUGUUCAUUAUCAAGGCUGUUCUUCCUGUGGCUGAGAGCUUCGGAUUUGCCGACGAGAUUCGCAAGAGGACCAGCGGAUUGGCCAGUCCACAGCUGGUCUUCAGCCACUGGGAGGUCAUCAGCAGUGAUCCAUAUUGGGUUCCCACCACUGAGGAAGAAUACUUGCACUUCGGCGAGAAAGCUGACUCCGCCAACCAGGCCCUCAAAUACAUGAACGCUGUCCGCCGCCGCAAAGGCCUCUACGUGGAGGAGAAGAUAGUGGAGCACGCAGAGAAGCAGAGAACACUCAGCAAGAACAAGUAGAGAAGAAAACACACAGAGAUACCUCGAGCAGCAGCUCCUCCAGUCAGGUGGUGAGAUGCUGCUGACAUCCAUCCAUCCUGGACUGCAGGCGCAUACAUGACUGAGCUCUUCCAUCAGUGACGUUCAUCAUUAUCUGCAGGGAGACCGAUGUCGUGUCCAAAUGCUGCCACGAUACCAAACUAUGAAGUGCGGUCACAGUUCAACAGUCAAACUUCAGAAUACACAUAUUUGGCAUUUUGAUUAGUUGCAGUGAAUGAUACAGUACAGUACAUAUUGAGAACAAAGUAUCACAAAGUCUGUAACCUUUUUAGAAAUCAUAUUGUUUUUUAAGGCAAACAUAUGGUAAUGAUAGCAUGUGCAUUAGAUACUGACCAAUCAGAUGACGCCAUUCAUGGUAAAUUGUAAAUAAACAAAUGUAUUGGAAUUUGGAUAUGGACGCCAUUUGUCAUUAGUUUACAGAUCUACUAGUGUAUGAUUUACAUGAUUUAUAUGUUCUCCAACUCUUAAACAAUCAUGUCAAAAAGCAUUUCAGUGAUAGAAAUCAACACACAGUGCUCAGUUUCCUCUUUACAAGUUAGAGCCACUGCUGGACAACAAAAAAUCUGAGAUUUUGAGAACAAAGUUGUAAUUUUGAGAAGAAAUAAUGUUAGAAUUAGAAUGGAAUAGUUUUACAUGAAAGAAGUCAUGCUGUUUGGAGAUGAAGGCUUGUGUUGUGACUGCUGUGCUACUUUCCUCUGGCUCCAGGCGUGGCUAUCUCCCCUGAACCUCGACACUCAUCGCAGGUUCCUGUCACCCUGAGCUUCAUUAGCGAGAAACUUGCAGAGCAUUAACAUUUCACAUUCAUACAGAAUGCUACAGCUGAUUCAUGCUGGCUUUCAUUUCAUGUCAGGAUAUACAUGAAGCACACUGCGCUUUCAUCCUUUUCUGAUGAACAACUUGUGGUUUGAUCUCUGCGUUCUUUCUGUUUAUUUUACAAAUCUAUAAUUUGUUAAUAAUCUCCAUUAAUUAGCAAGAAGAAUCCCAGAAAUGUAAUGUGGUACUAAUUAUAGGGAAAACAAAGACACACUUCCAAUGAAUGAUUAAAUGCUCGUAUCUGUAGGA